CCUUUGAGGCCUUUGGGUUGGCGAUCCGGCCCCCUUAGCUUGAACCAUUUCCGAAGCACGUGGUUUUCAAGGCCCCCGCUGGGUUUGAGAAAAGUUUAUGGUUCGCGUCACAACAGCAGCGUACAGCAUUGCGGGAGGGCAGAAGGCGUCUAAGACGCUGCGGCCGCCUAUUGGAGACAGCGUUGGACUUUUUCUGGGUAGUGCAUGGGUCGGAAGACUGGCGUUUUCCCUGACAUCGUAGAUUCACGAUGUGGAAACGCCCGACCACGAGUCACAGGUUACCGUUGCACCCCUAGAAGGCAGCGACAUCAAGCCACUUCCAAAGCCCCUGGGGUGUAGUUCUGCCUCUCAGGCAGACAAGCGCUCCCGUUCCCUUCACGGCCUCUAGUCCUACUUGGCGUCAUCGUUACCCUAGGCAACACACAGACACAGAGUGCUGUCCCUUUAAGGAAUCCUAGCACCUUGGCCAUUUUAGUUUUGCGCGCCCGCCCGCAGCACCGGCAAAGCGAACAUGGCCCAGGCAGCGCGCGUUGCGUGGGUGCUUGGCUCUAGCCGGUGCGCCCUGUCAGAGGGGCUGCUCACACGACCCUGGACACAACUCUCGGCACAGAGCCGGGCGGGCUUCACCAGGGCGGCAGCGGGAAACCGGGGCGCCUCGAUCCGCAAGGGGAGCCCGCGGUUGCUGGGGGUGGCGGCGCUGGCCCUGGGCGGCGCUCUGGGGCUGUACCACACUGUGCGGUGGCACCUGCGCUCCCAGGACCUCCACGCCGAGCGCUCGGCUGUGCAGCUGUCCCUGUCCAACCGCCUGCAGCUGACCCUGUACCAGUACAAGACAUGUCCCUUCUGCAGCAAAGUCCGUGCCUUCCUCGACUUCCACUCCCUGCCCUAUCAGGUGGUAGAGGUGAAUCCCGUGAGAAGGACCGAGAUUAAAUUCUCCUCCUACAGGAAGGUACCCAUCCUGGUGGCCCAGGAAGGAGACAGCUUGCAACAGCUCAAUGACUCCUCAGUCAUCAUUAGUGCCCUCAAGACCUACCUGGUUUCAGGGCAGCCCCUGGAAGAGAUCAUCACUUAUUACCCACCCAUGAAGGCCAUGAAUGACCAGGGCAAGGAGGUAACCGAGUUCGGCAACAAGUACUGGCUCAUGCUGGACCAGAAGGAGGCCCAGCAGAUGUAUGGCGGAAAGGAAGCCAGGACGGAGGAGAUGAAGUGGCGGCAGUGGGCGGAUGACUGGCUGGUGCAUCUCAUCUCUCCCAACGUGUACCGAACACCUGCCGAGGCCCUGGCUUCCUUCGACUAUAUUGUCCGUGAGGGCAAGUUUGGGGCUGUGGAGGCCACCAUGGCCAAGUACGUGGGCGCAGCUGCCAUGUACUUCAUCAGCAAGCGCCUCAAAAGCAGGCACCACCUGCAGGAUGAUGUCCGGGUAGACCUCUAUGAAGCAGCCAACAAGUGGGUGACAGCCGUGGGCAAAGACCGGCCAUUCAUGGGGGGUCAGAAGCCUAACCUUGCUGACCUGGCAGUGUAUGGUGUGCUGCGAGUGAUGGAGGGUCUGGAAGCCUUUGACGACCUGAUGCGACACUCACACAUCCAGCCUUGGUACCUGCGGAUGGAGCGGGCCAUCAAAGAAGCCUCUUCAAUGCACUGUAUGCACCCUAAUUGCAAAGACUAGCUGCUAGAGGCACGAGACCUGGACCAGUCCCUGGCUGUGCUUGUAGGGCAGUCAUUUCAUCUCUAGCCUCCAGUUCUCUAUUUCUAAUACUGGACAUUUCUAGGGCCCUUGACGCUGAGGACAAGGCCCAAACUUAAUAGCUGUUCUGAGGAUAAAGGGUCUGGGGGUCACAAAGGACUACCCUCCAAUCCCAGUUCCAGAGCCUGAUCUCCCAACGGGGACUCCUUUCAACUCCUCUAGGGCUCAGUCCCUUGUUGACUCGGAUCAGGCAAUCUGUUAACAAAAGCCCUGUCCACGUGCCUCGGAGUUCCAGCUCUUCCCGUGCCCCUGGGACUGUUGUAUUUGUAAUAAAGGAGAGGUCUGCUGCUCCCCUCUGGC